UGCUUCGCGAAUGCUCAGUCCAUUCUGACACAUAACCUAAAAUGUACUAGAAUACAAAUUAAACAUUAAAAUGAGAUUUUUAAUCUAUAUUUUGUUAUUAGUUCUAUUUGUAAGUUUAUAUGAAGCUAAGGACCUUGUGGUGGGUACAAGAGUGAAUAAUUUGUUAAUAUCAACGGAGAAAGUUGUUUAUCGCGCAAUACCCCUUAUAAAAAGAGAUAAGGAUUAUACAUUCAAUGAUCCGAAGCAAAGGAUUAUAAAGGGCAUAAUAGCUCGCGAUCUGUCCCGUUCAGACGCGCGUGCAACGGUGACACAGGGAGGAUUGGGUGCCACCAAUGUCACCAUACACUUCCAGAGCGAGCGAGGAGAGGGACUCAACUAUUUAGUACUCAUAUUUACUAAGAAUUCAUAAUACUAAUAAAUAUAUGUCGGUACACUGAUGUCAACUGAAAUUUUUCGCAAGUCAACGCUAAUUCUCAUUUUAAAUUAAAUUUUUGGUAAUAACAUUUUUACGUUUACGAAUAA